GCUUGCUUGCCACCCAAAGCGAGUCUCGAACUAUGGCGGCUUCUGCGCCAACGCCGCACGCCACUGGCUUCCCAACUGAGGGUCGAUGCAGUUACUAUGUGGAAAAAAAGAAACGGUUCUGCAGGAUGGUGGCGGCAGCAGGGAAGAGGUUCUGUGGUGAACACGCUGGAGUCGCGGAGGAGGAAAAUGAUCGGAAAAGAAUCCUGUGUCCUUUGGAUACAAAACACACAGUGUAUGAAGAUCAACUAGCAAAGCAUUUGAAAAAAUGUAACUCCAGAGAGAAGCCAAAACCUGAUUUCUUUAUUCAAGAUAUUAAUGCAGGCUUAAAAGAUGAAACAGAAAUACCUGAACCACUAGUUCCAAUUUCUUCUCUCUCUGAAGAGCAACUGGAAAGCUUAAUUAAGAAAUUGAGAAAAGCAAGUGAAGGUUUGAACUCUACACUUAAAGAUCAAAUUAUGUCCCAUCCAGCAUUGCAUGAUGCCCUUAGUGAUCCUAAAAAUGGUGAUUCAGCAACCAAACACCUGAAACAGCAGGCUUCUAUUUUAGGUAACAUUGAAAAAUUAAAGUUACUUGGUCCAAGAAGAUGCUUUGUUGAGUUUGGAGCAGGCAAGGGAAAAUUAUCUCAUUGGGUUGAUAUUGCCUUAAAAGAUGCUGAAAAAGUUCACUUCAUCCUAGUAGAAAAGGUGACCACAAGAUUCAAGGUAGAUGGCAAACACAGAAAGAAAGAUUCGGUGUUUGAGAGACUUCAAAUUGAUAUUCAACACUUGUGUUUGAGUAAGAUUCCUUUACUAAGCAAAGAAAAACUACCUGUGGUAGGAAUUGGAAAGCAUCUGUGCGGUAUGGCAACAGAUCUUGCAUUACGGUGUUUGGUUGAAACCUAUGCUGCCAGUUGUGAGGAAAGGAAUGAAGAACCUUUAGCCAAACGCAUAAGGAAUGAUAAAACAGAAAAAGAAAUUAACACUUUGGCCAAGGAAAGAAAUGAAAAAAAUGUCCCAGAGAAGUGGACCCCUGUGGCUGGCAUUGUUAUUGCACUCUGUUGUCACCACAGGUGUGAUUGGAGACAUUAUGUGGGCAAAGAAUAUUUCAGGGUUCUAGGCCUUGGAGCAGUGGAAUUCCACUAUUUCCAGCGAAUGAGUAGUUGGGCGACUUGUGGGAUGCGAAGAACGUCUUUGGAAGCGUCAAAUAUUACCCAAAGGAGAAAAGAUCAUCAGAAUGAUGACAGUGAAGAGCACGAUGACGGAGGAUGCAAAAUCACAGAUACCAGCACUGAGAGUUUGUCUGGGUUUCUUACUGUUGAAGAAAAGAAGAAAAUAGGGCAUCUUUGUAAAUUGUUGAUUGACCAAGGCCGAAUCAAGUAUUUACAGCAAAAAGGAUUCAAUCCUGCUUUACAAUAUUAUACAGACCCUCUGGUGUCUUUGGAAAAUGUAUUGUUAACUGCUUUACCAAAUCAGUCUUCAUCACCAGAAACAACUACUUAAUGGAAGAGUAAUUUGACCAACAUCUGUCUUACACACAAAAAAAAUUUUAUUGUAUUUUUAUAUUCAUGAAAAUAUAAUUCAAAUAGCAGAUAAUAUGAACUUUAAAAAAUGUGGCCUCAU